CGCAAUUUAAGUGGUUAUUUCAACCAAAAUGAAUUCUCACCAACAAACUCGAGAAAAAUCGCUCCCCCAAAAUGAUCCUGGAAAUGAAGAUCAUGAUCAUGUUCACGAUGGUAAAGGUUGCUGUUCCGGGAAACAGGCUCUGCCAAAGCCGAUGGAUAUGUUUCAAGCUGUAAAGUCUGGGUAUUUGAUGAGGGUUCAGGAGCUGUUAGAGCAAGAAGGACCUAGUCUCUUCACAGAGCAAGAUGAUAAAGGCCACACACCGGUCCACUGGGCCUGCCUCGGAGGACUUGCAAACAUUGUUAGGAUCAUGGUGCAGUGUAAAGUUCCAUUGGAUACCCAGAGCAAGAAUGAACUGGGUGCAAGGCCGGUCCACUGGGCAUGUGUGAACGGCCAUAUAGCUGUAGUAGAUAUUCUGCUUCAGGCUGGUGUUAAUAUUGACACAGUAGAUAACAAGGGCUGUUCACCUCUCCUCAUUGCUUGCCAGUACGGUCAGACACAGCUCGCUGGCUAUCUGAUGGGCAAGGGAGCAAGGCUUCAACUUACAGACAGAGAAGGGGACAAUGCACUUCAUUGGGCAGCAUUUAAAGGUUUCUGUGAGCUGACAAGAUUACUAAUUUAUUCAGGUUUCAACCCAAGACAAAAAGAUAACUAUGGUCAGACUCCCCUUCACCUUGCCUGUAUCAACGGUGACCUUAACACCGUUAAGAUGUUAUGUGAGCAGGACGGCGUAGAGGUUGACUUAGAGGACCACAACCACAAGACACCGCUCCUGCUGGCCAAAGGUCGUAACCAUACCGAGAUCAUCAGCUACCUUGACAAGGAGACUAAGAAUAUAAAGAGUGUUAUUCCCAGAAUAGACCUCAAAUCUAUCAUGUUUGGCCCACCAGGCAAUAGCAAAGCUCCCUUCCUUUUCUUUGUAAUCAGUGUACUCUUCUGGGGUUACCCCAUGUAUAUUAUAAGGUGUUUUCCAGCAACAUUUGCAUCGUACCCGGGUCUACAUAUGGCCUUCUUAGCAAACAACGUCUUCAUGUGGAUUAUGUUCUACCAAGCAUACACUAGAGAUCCUGGUUUCUUACCCAGAAACUCACCCGAAUACGACCAAGCUAUCAGACAGGUUGCUCAGUUUGACGAGUGGAAGCAGGGUCGGAAUCCUCUUAGUAGGCUCUGCCAUACGUGUAGACUAGUCAAGCCGUAUCGCACCAAGCACUGCAGAACUUGCAAUCGAUGCGUCCUUCAUUUCGAUCACCACUGUCCCUACAUAUACAACUGUGUUGGUCUAAGGAAUAGAACGUACUUCAUGGGUUUCACAACAUCGGUAUCAACGAUGAUGAUAAUGGUGGUAUACUUUGCUGCUAUAUUGCUGAAGAGUGAAGGAUGGAACUGGCUGUAUCUCAUCGGUAUCAUAGAAGCUGUCUUCUUUGGCAUCAUUGCUUCUGGUCUCUGCUCAAUAGGGUGGUACAUGGCUUCUGUAAACACCAAUACCAACGAGCGGAUCAACUUCAAGCGAUACGGUUACCUCAAAGACGCCAGCGGUAACUUCCACAACCCUUACAACAAAGGUCUCGUCCGCAACCUUGAUGACUUCUUUAGGACCAAGAACCAUAUGACAGAUGAGGAGGUGGACCAGUCCAGGAUCUAUGUUGUAUGAUUCCUGGUUACACAAUUCUAUUUAGUCUAUUCUGUUGGACCCGUAGUUACUAGAUAGUAUGUUUUUACUACGCAGUUUUUUUUUUAACCUAGUAGAAAAUAUGUUGGCAUCCCAGAGACAAUUGUUGUAAUCCUUUUGUUUUUCUUCUACAGAGAAAGGAGAGAGAAAAAAGGGGGGUGGGUGGGGAGCAGGGUGAGAGAGAAAACUGCUCUCGAGGACUGUUUCCACACUGCUCUCUCAACUUAAUUCAAUAAUCAUAUUUCAUGAUUUGAUGGAUAUACAUUGUUCUUUAAACCUGUGAUAUCGGUGAUAAAAAUUUUGGUAUGAAGAGCGAAAAUCUCCAGACUGAUCCACUAGUUUUCACAAUUAUUUCUGUUUAAAUAUAGUAUACAAAUAUACACUGUCUUGAGAGGUUCUGGUUAAAAGAUGACUUCAAUAGUACUAUUUGCUGAGGGGCGUAGCUCCGAAGCAAAUG